UCGCUUUGUUUUCAAUUUUCAAUGUCAAACAUUUAAAAGUAAACAAAAAGAUCGUUCUGUGCGAAUGCAAAAUUGUUAGAUUACAUACAACUGCAAUACAUAAUGCCGAAAGUCAAACGAAAACCGGUUAAGCUUUGCGAUCGGAACAUUGCAAAUUCGUCUGCUGGGGGAACGUCGUCGUCUGCUAAUGCAUCUGAACAAAAACAAAAUGCAGCAAGAACUCCCAAAAUUGCUAUUUUUGACAUGCCAAAAGGACUGGACGAAUUCUUAGAUGACUGCAAUUAUUAUCUUUCAGUCAAGACAGACAACGCCGAAGUUGAACCCCAGCACUAUAACCUGGGGUCGUUGCUUCUUAAACUGGCGGAUCCUUUCAACGUGAGCCUUUUAGACAAAGUAGAUGAACUGUGGCUGUACGUUAGUGCAAUCCCAGGCCGCAGUUUCAUUUAUACAGAGUGGGUGGAAGAUAACGAAGAGCUGAAACAGAAUGUCAAAAAAGCAGUUUUCAGCCGCAUUGAUGAAAGCACCGACCUGUCGUUUUUGGCUGAUGAUCAGCCUGGCAAAAUGAUUCGCUUUGUCUUGAACCCUGUCACCGACCAAGUGCAGUUGGUCAUCAAAAUUAGUCUCUUGGAUUCCUACAUCAGCACAGACAACCCGUCGGGCAUGCAGGUCAAAAGCAACAAGGGCGUGCAGAACGUCAUGAAGCACUUUUACAACGUUGAGAUUCCUCCGAUCAAGUUUCAGCGUGAGGAGCGCAGUUCCGUCAAGCAUCUUGAUCUACUCUACUCAAGCAUCAAACAGUUCCACCAGGCCCAGAAUUCUCCCACAGAUGUCCAACAUAAGGAAAUAAAAGUGCAACUCAGGCCCUACCAAGUCAAUUCGGUCAACUGGAUGCUACUAAGGGAAAGACUUUUGCACGAAACAUCGUCGGAGGAGCUGCACCCUCUCUACCAGGAAAUCGUGACGCACACGGGUGAAGUUCUUUUCUACAACAAGUAUCUCGGGACGUUUGUUAAGAAGAGGCCAAUUGUGAAGCCACCAACUCCUGGUGGCAUAUUGGCUGAUGAAAUGGGCCUUGGAAAGACGGUGGAGGUGCUGGCUUGUGUCUUGGCAAACCCUCGGCCAAUGGAAGAACUCAAAAUUGUUGAUAUUGUCGAUGAGGAUAAUGUGCAGGCAUACAAACCUGCCAAUGCAUUUGAUUCAUCGGCUGAAACAAUUAUUAAAUCUCCAAGGAAGUCGAAGAUCGAUGCCAAAAUUGAUGUCAUGUUUCGCAGUGAGAGUAAAAAGUCGGGCUCUGCUUGCAGAAAAAGAUCUUUGUCAGAGAUGGAGGUAGAAGAGGGAACGGACGAGUUGCAAGUUAAAGAAGAACCCCAAGGAAAAGAAGAUAAAACAGUUGUGCCGAGAAAAAAGGUUAGAUUUUCUGAUGAGAUCAGUCUGGUCCCAAGAAAAGGCAAAAUCAGAGAGUUGCCUGAAGAGCCAGAAGAUCUCCACCUGAAAUCCAUCAUCAAACCUUUUGAGAAGCCAGAGAACCUUCCAGUGGAUGACAAAGCAAUAAGAGAUAUGGUUCACAAGGCCAGGAAAAAAGCUCGGGAAGAAGCGUACAUGAAAGAACUCUCAGCCUAUUCAGCUGUGAAGCAUUUGCAAAAUAAUAAAAAGCGUCAUUCUGGCUUAUUUGAAGGAGAAAUCGAGCGCAAGUCCUUUUUCGAAUGUGUCUGCGGAGAGGUCGGCAGCACUGACAUGUAUGAUAACGCAAAGGUCAAAUGCACUGAAUGCGGCAUAAUUCAACACAAGAAAUGUGUACGCUUCAAUGAUGAGAAAAUGGGUGCUUACUUCUGUCCUCAUUGCAACGUUCGAAGACCACUGGUUGAGUCAAAAACCACCCUGAUCGUCGCACCAGCGGCCAUCAGCCAGCAGUGGAUGGACGAGGUCAAGAAACUUGUGAGCGAGAGUUCUCUGCUUAUAAAAUUCUACAAUGGAGUUUUCAGUGAUGGCUACUAUCAGCCUCAAUCAUUUGCUGCUUUUGACAUUGUCAUCACUACCUACGAAGUCCUCAGCAAGGAGCUUGACUACGUUGAUUUGCCACAUUGCAAUGCGGUGGAUGGAAGGAGGUUCAGAAACGCCAAACGAUACACUUCCCUUCCCUCUCCAUUACCCUGUGUGCAGUGGUGGCGUGUCUGCCUUGACGAAGCUCAGAUGGUUGAGUGUACAACUACAAGAUCGGCAGAAAUGGCCUUGCGACUGAAUGCAGUCAACAGAUGGUGUAUUACUGGAACACCAGUCCAGCAAUCCCUUCAAGAUCUGUAUGGCCUGGUGAUGUUCCUUGGCGUUGAUCCUUUCUGCUUUGAUAUGUGGUGGAAUGUACUUGUCCAAGGCCCAUUUAUCACCGGCAACCCAAUCCCACUCUGUGAGCUAAUCUGCCCUCUGAUGUGGCGCACAGCAAAGGUUGACGUUCUUGAUCAAAUCAAUAUUCCACCCCAAGUGGAGGAAAUCCAUUGGAUCAAUUUCUCACCAAUUGAAGAGCAUUUUUAUCGCCGGCAGCAUGUUGAGUGUGGGAAAAUGGUCCUGGGCCGCAUCUCGCAGCAGCCGAGCUUGGACCUUCGGUUGCAAUCUUUGCCCAAAGACGUUCUUGAUAAAAUUCUGAAGCCUCUGAUCAACCUUCGACAAGCUUGUUGCCACCCGCAAACUGUGAAAGGAAAGUUUUCCGUGGCCAACGCUCACAGCAACAAAACCAUUACCAUGCAAGAGCUCAUGAAAAAUUUAAUUAUAAAGGCAAAAACGGAGUGUGAAGAAUCACUUCGCAUGAUCAUCUCGUCUCUGAAUGGGCUUGCUGGUCUUAGUAUUAUUCAGGAAAAAUGGGCUGAAGCUGCACAAUACUACCGGGAGGUUUUGACUUUUGUCGAUGAGAACAAAGAUAAAAUCAAAGCCGACAAACUUCAAAGGAUUCACACCUUGCGAAACUUGAAGGAGCUUUUGGAAAGCAACCAUGAGAAUGUUAUAAUUAGAGAAAGUGAAUUAAAUUUGGAUAAAGAUUCAGAGCAGCUGGAAGACGAGUAUCUUGCCAAGUUUAUUUCGACUGUUGAUAAUGCCAAGCAAUCUUUGCUCCCGUUGUCAGCCAAGGUAACUGAAGCUGAAAAAGAGCUAGUUUUGGAAGAAGCGUGGUGGAGUUCGGUACUCACAUUGGCUGCAACUCUUGACGACGAGCAAGAAAUUGUGGAAAGAAUCCGACAGACAAUUGAGGGUUUGAACAAGAAGUCGCCUAAGGAAACGAAGAUAAAAAUGAACCAAUUCAAAAACUUAAUUGCUAUUGAAGCGACUCUUCUCCACAACACAGAAUCUUUGGACAAGGAGCAUAAAAAAGUUCUGAAGGAUAUGAAAAAAAUUCAGUCCAUGGAUGCUCAAUCUUUGGUGAAUGAAGCCGUCGAUUGUCACUUGAGAACCAUUCUCACUGAUGAGGUCAAGAAGAAGAAAAAUAAGUGCAAACUUUGCCUUGUGAGUGAUUCAUUCAAAAAAUAUGAAAAGGUUCUCUUCAGAGAAGUGACUUCCAAGGACAGCUAUGAACAUAUGGAUCUUGAUGAUGUUCGUAUUUUUGGGCAGCUCCAGACAAUUGUUUGGGCGGCUGGAGACACCGAAAGAGUUCUAAAAACAUUGCAUACUUAUGCCAAGCUGAAAAACGUUGACGAAGAUUGGAUUAAAGACGGAGCAGCACAACUAAAGUUAAUUGAUGCUAAGAAGAAAGAAUUUAAAAAUCUGAGAAGCCUAUGGAGUCAAAUCAACGACUACAUAUCAGCUCUGGACGAACUCAACAUGUGCAAACUGCGAUUCCGUCUUAGAUACGAGAACGAGCCCUUGGUCAAGAAUAAGCCCAGAAAGAAAAAGGGAAACCCUGAUUUGGGCAGCAAUAUGCAGAAUAAGGUUGAGCACAUUUACAUAAUUGAAGAACAUGAGGUGGAACCGCAGAGUUUGCGGCUUACACUGGAAAGAAGUGAAGGCGAGAGAAGUCUGCGCCGUCGAAAAGGCCAACUGCAGUACCUGCUCAACCUUGAGCAAAAUGACAUCGCCAUAGCUGGAGGGGAAAAUCCUGAGCCGUGUCCAGUCUGCAGGAAGACUCUUGGGUCUCAAUGGACUGUUUUACUUUGCGGACACUGCUAUUGUGUCGAAUGCUUGGAAGAAUUGAAGCGCCGCCGAAUAAACAAGCGCAUUUUGAAAUGCCCCAUUUGCCGGGAGGACACGGCUUCAGGUGAAAUCUCUUACAUCAACACCAAGAUGCAGCCGGAAAUUGAUGCUAAGAAAAACGAGCUUGACGAGUUGGAGGACUUGGAGGCGAUAAAAAAACUGGGUCGGCAGCAGUCUGCGAAGGCCGAGGUGAUUGUUCGGGAGAUUAGGAAGAUCCUGAAAAAGGACCCAACCGACAAAAUCCUUAUCUUCUCUGCCUGGGUGAGCAUGUUGGACGUCCUGCAAUCAGCGCUGACUGAAAAUGACAUUUCUUGUGCACAAGUCAAGUCGGGCAAGAAGUUUCAAGAGGCAAUUCAACUGUUCAAGGACCCGCUGAAGAAAGUGACGGCGCUAUUGUUGCCCGUCUCGAGAGGCUCAAAAGGCUUGAACUUGACUGAAGCACGGCACGUCUUUCUUGUUGAGCCUAUUUUGAACCCCGCCAGCGAACUCCAAGCGCUUGGCCGUGUGCACAGAAUCGGCCAAAACAAGGAGACAAUUGUGCACAGAUUCGUCGUCAAGGGAACCAUUGAGGAGCGGAUGCACAUUGUGCUGAAGGCACACCAGGGUCACACCCAGGUCGAAGAAGAUCCAGUCACCCUGAGGGAUUUGUACAACAUGUUUGCCUCUCAACAAGACACUCCAGAUUCUCAAGAGGAGGAGAAUGAUGAUCUGCAUGAUAUGGUUGUGAUCUAAGUUGAUAUUUUUCCAUAAGUAUUCACAGAUAAUUUCUGUAAUAAAUGUAAACUUAGGUUAAAUAAAAUCUAGUUAACGUCCUAACUUAUUUUUAGCUUGGUGAAGUGUCUCAAUAAAUUUUGAAGCCAAAGUGAA